AUGCUCGUCCAACUUUCCAGAGCCACCCGCGCCAUCCCGGCCGUCACCCGCGCGGCUGCCAGGUCGAACGCCGUCCAGAUGAGGAGCUUCAUUGCCCCGACCGUUUCCCGACGUGCCGACUUUGUCCAGGAGCUCUACCUCAAGGAGCUCAAGGCCUACAAGACCCCCGUCGUCAAGGAGUCGGACGCCCAGGGCCAGGUCCAGACCUUCAACCUCCCCAAGACCCCCGCCUCCCCCGAGGAGGCCGACCUCGCCUCCUCCCUCCAGGAGUACGAGUCCAUGGCCGUCGAGGUCGAGGGCCAGGAGGUCGCCGACGCCGCCACCCCCGCCGCCAAGCAGAGCUCCUGGCUCGUUGACGAGGACGAGCCCGCCGCCGCCGCCCACUAA